CCGACUAACCGGGAGAGUGGAGACGAAAACGCAGGAGCGCAACGAUGGAGCGUCAGUAAGAGAUAACAGCGGACUCCGCUGACGAACAUAACUGAACGGAGUCAUCUACAUGACCAAAGAAACAAGACCGGGCAACGAGAAACGCAAAUGUAACAAUCAUGCAAUUUAAAUACAGAAGAAUUUGAGUAACCGCUUCUUCUUCAAGGUUACGCCGCUUGAAGACGCAUUGACAUCCUCCUGUCGCAGAUCAGCUAGCGUGCGUUGGUUGAUCUUCACCAGUGGCGAUCAUGUCCGUGGAAGAGCAGGGCUAUCCCGACGCUGUGCUGUUGAUGGAGGCCGGCCCGGAAUGGUUGCGGGCCGAGAUCGGGCGUCUUUCCCGGGAGCUGAGUGAGACCACGAACGAGAAGAUCCAGGCGGCGGAAUACGGGCUGGCGGUACUGGAGGAGAAGCAGCAACUCAAACAGCAGUACGAAGAUCUGGAGAUGGAGUACGAGGCCGUCCGACAGGAGCUCGACCAGCUGAGAGAGGCCUUUGGGCAAGCCUACUCCAACCACAGGAAGGUGGCGGCAGAUGGAGAGAGCCGAGAAGAGUCUCUAAUCCAGGAGUCGGCCUGUAAGGAAGCCUACUAUGAACGGAGGGUCCUGGAGCUGCAGAACGAGGUCCGGCAGACACGUAACAUCCUCACCAACACCCAGUCUGAGAACGAACGCCUUAACGCCAUCACUCAAGAGUUGAGAGAGAACAGCCAGAUGGUGGAGCUCCAGAGGAAUCAGCUGCGCGAUGACAUCAAGGAGUACAAGUUCAGGGAGGCUCGUCUGCUGCAGGACUACACCGAGCUGGAGGAGGAGAACAUCUCACUGCAGAAGCAGGUCUCCGUGCUCAAGCAGAGUCAGGUGGAGUUUGAGGGCUUGAAGCAUGAGAUCCGUCGCCUAGAGGAGGACACACAGUUCCUUAACAGCCAACUGGAGGAUGCCAUCCGCCUGAAAGAGAUCGCUGAACGUCAGCUGAGUGAGGCUCUGGAGACCAUCAAGACGGAGCGUGAGCUGAAAGCUUCCCUGCGGAAGGAGCUUUCCCACUACAUGAGCAUUGGAGACACUCUGUACCACAGUCCUCUCAGCAUUUCUCUGGAUGGUCUUAAGUUCAGCGACGAUGCUGCGACUGAACCUAACAACGACGAAGCUCUCCAUGGAUACGAGAAUGGCUUCACCAAACUGGCCAAUGCCAUCGCUGAUGAUAACCGGAUCUCCACACCUAAAAAGGAUGAGCUAUUCUGUCCUGUGCCCAGCCUCGUUGAUGAUCUGCUCAGCGAACUUAACAUCUCAGAGAUCCAGAAGCUCAAACAGCAGCUGAUGCAGAUGGAGCGUGAGAAGGUCAACCUGGUGUCCACCCUGCAGGACUCCCAGAAACAGCUAGAGCAGGCUAACGGCGCUCUGUCAGAGCAUCAGGAGAAGGUCAACCGCCUCACUGAGAACCUCAAUGCCAUCCGCAAGCUCCAAGCCAGCAAGGAGCGCCAAUCUGCUUUGGAUAAUGAGAAAGAACGGGAUAGCCAUGAAGACGUAGACUAUUAUGAGGUUGACAUUAACGGACCUGAGAUCCUGGAGUGCAAGUACAAGGUUGCUGUGUCAGAGGCGGGAGAACUGAAAGAGGAACUGAAGACUCUGAAAGCAGAGUACCAGGCCUGUCAGUCACGUUACGAAGAGGAGCACACCCGUCUGGCAAACGAUGUCACAACACUCAAAGAGACACUGGCAACUUUGGAGAAGACCAGCCAUGCAGAGAAAGAAGAGAAGGCCAAGCUUGAAAAAGAGCUGCGCAAGUUGAGCGACGUGGCAGGCGAAUCUCAAGGUAGUCUGAGUGUGGCACAGGAUGAGCUGGUCACCUUCAGUGAAGAACUGGCCACCCUCUACAACCAUGUCUGCAUGUGCAACAAUGAGACUCCCAACCGCGUCAUGCUCGACUUCUACAAAGAGGGUAAGGGUGGUCGGAGCAGCCCGGAGGGCCGUGGCCGCCGCUCUCCCAUCCUGCUCACCAAGGGCCUCUUCCCUGAGCCUGGUAAGACCGACCUGAGUGACGGAGCCCCUUCACCGAUCUCCUCACUGCCUUCUCCUGUGUCUGACCACCGACGCGAGCCCAUGAACAUCUACAAUCUGGUCGCUAUCAUCAGAGACCAGAUCAAGCACCUGCAGCUGGCAGUGGACCGUACCACCGAGCUGUCACGCCAGAGGGUUGCUUCUCUAGAGCUUGGCACUGUGGCUGACAAGGACAAGGAAGCCUGUAUGGAGGAGAUCCUCAAACUGAAAUCCCUGCUCAGCACCAAGCGGGAACAGAUUGCCACCCUGCGCACUGUCCUUAAGGCCAACAAGCAGACAGCUGAAGUGGCUCUGGCCAAUCUGAAGAGCAAGUAUGAGAAUGAAAAGGCGAUGGUGACCGAGACCAUGAUGAAACUGAGGAAUGAGCUCAAAGCUUUGAAAGAGGACGCUGCCACCUUUUCCUCUCUCCGAGCUAUGUUUGCCACACGCUGUGACGAGUAUGUUACCCAGCUGGAUGAGAUGCAGAGGCAGCUGGCUGCAGCAGAGGACGAGAAGAAAACCCUCAACUCUCUGCUGCGAAUGGCUAUCCAGCAGAAGCUCGCCCUGACACAGCGCCUGGAAGAUCUGGAGUUCGAUCACGAGCAGACCCGCCGGGGAGGCAACGCGGGUCGCUCUAAGGCACGCAGCAAGGCCGCCAGCAGCGCUGCCUCCGCCAACAGCAACCCCCACGUAAGUCAGAGUCUCACCUGCGCUGGCUUGAGCCGACCAGAGCACAGCAGUUCUGUGCCCAACGGCAUCCUGGGAGGCCCUGUGGUCUUCUGCAGUGAAAAGUACAAGAUCUACUGCGACUGAGGCGGCAGAAACACCCGCAUGGGACAACUGUGUACAGAGGGGAGGGGGCUUACGGGCCAAACCCUCCCUGCCUUAGUGUUUAAGAGCCCCACUUGCUCGCUUAGCUCCCUGGCCAGCCUGCACUCCUCUAGGGACUGAUGUUUUACUAACCAGCUGCUCAUGUGUGCUACUAUAAACGCUUAGGGGAAUGCAGUGUAUGUACAGUGUGCACUAGACGUUUGGACUGUAGUAGACAUAUAUGGCAUGUGGGUUAUAAGGCCC